AUGAUCAGCACUUAUUGCGCUGCGAGCCGAACACAGAAACCUUUUGUGGCAGCAGUCGUUGACCCGGAAUUAGGUUUGUUGGAUUUAUCCGGCCGUGACUUGAGGUGAGUAAAAGAAAAGAGCCCACACCGACUUCAACAGGCUUCGACUCGACCUGAAGAUGCACUGUGAUUCUGCUUAGCGCCGGUUCUUCCCAUCGGACAGCCGAUUGUUUUGCGACGCGAAAGUAGUAUAUUGUAGUUGAUAAAAGAGUUUAUCUUGUAGUAGAUGAGGGUGAUUGUCUUUUUAAACAAAAAAAUUAUUGCUUAUUAUAAGGGCAUGAUCUAUGGGGAUACUUGAGGCAUGGGUAACUUUCCUGGCAUGACAUAAUUAAUAUAUUUAUUUUGAGCUUAAGAUUUCUUGUGAGGCGUUUUUAGUCGUUAAGGAUCUCUUUCUUUGUAAGUAUCUAAAUUAUACUCGAAAGGCUAUGUAUUAUAAUUAAUAAUUUAAUUUUUUUAAAUAAAACUAGAACUCUUGUAUCUUAAUCUGAAUAAUUUUUGAAAUAAAGAGAUAAUUUUUAAUUCAGUGAUAAAAGUUCGUAUGUCUAUGACCGUGCUGAAUCCUCAAAAUGAUGUUUAGAACCGGCUCACUAAUUAUGCGGGAUUACUGUAAAAUAAGACGAAAGCAAAGCCUUCACUAACUAUUUGUUCGGAUUUAAGUCUACUACCCGACGGCGUUGUGCAGAACUCGGCCCACUUGAAACACUUGAUUUUGGAUGGCAAUCUCCUCACCGAACACGUUUUCCAAAGCCUUCCCGUUCCUUUCCCCCAGCUCGAGACUCUGAGCAUCAACUGCAAUCAGAUUGUCAACAUCGGAGUCUUCAUCCAAUCGCUGGCCCAUCAAUGCCCUAAACUCCGCUUCCUCAGUCUGAUUGGCAAUCCCGGCUGGCCGCAUCCGGUGCUACGUUCUACGGCCCAGAAAUACUACAAGUACCAGUAAGUUCGAGUUUUUAUCUUUUGUUUUAUUAGUUGGAGGGUAAUAUAGAACUCAAUUAAGUACUUAAUUAAGUACCUAUCUUUAUUUAAAUCUUUCGUUCUCCAGAUGUUAUUUUGAAGAGUGCUAGUUGUUCAGAAAACCAACCAAAACCUAAAAAAUAUUUUUGAGCUUUAAGUAACCUGACCAUUUCAGACGUUCGGUCAGCAACUUCUUACCAAAUCUACGCUUCCUCGACUCUCUUCCAGUACAAUGCCGGCAUCACAGCACGGCCAGCACCACAACAGCAUCAUCGUCGAGUUCUUCAGAUUCCGAAGAGAUGGAAUAA